AUGACAUGUAUUGAAAAGUUAGUGAAACGUUAUGAUUGUGGCGAAAUUCGACCCGUGGAAUGGCUAGACAAUUUGGCCUUUCGUCGCAUUGAACAGAUUCAUAAAAAAGCGUCCCAGUCGUCGUCCCAGUUGGCUUUAUACAUUGAUCUUCCCAAAUUCGAUUUUCCGGUUGUGUUUGGUGAAAUGGAAUAUACCCUUCCGGAUGCAAAUGCACCUGCUUCUGGGCAAGCACCGUAUCAUCCCGUCAAUACUGCAACCACUGUCACCUCCACACCGAUGGAUACAGGCGACGAGCUUUCUCAAGGUCGUUCGCAUCCAAUGCAAGCCGCCACAGGCUAUUCAGCCAUUAUCGAUCUCGAUAUUCUUCGAGAAAAUCCCGUGGAAGCAAAGCACCGAAGAUUGGUGCGAAGUCACCGUAACGGGCCUUUGGAUCGAGACUUGAAGCCGAAUCCCAAGAUUCGUGACGAACUCAAUGAAAUCAUGGGAUACCCUCCUUCGCGCAUACUCACUGUCGCAGAAAAGGAUUUGGUUUGGAAGUUCAGAUUUUACCUGACUCGAGACAAACGGGCAUUGACCAAAUUCUUAAAAUGUGUUGUGUGGACGGAUCCCACCGAAGUACGACAAGCGGUCGAUAUGUUACCGUUAUGGGCCGACAUUGAUGUUGAUGAUGCGUUGGGACUGUUAGCAAAAGAAUUUGACAAUCGAGCGAUACGAUCCUACGCUGUCAAUCAGUUGCGAAAGGCCGACGAUGAUGAUUUGCUUCUUUAUCUGUUACAACUCGUCCAAGCUCUCAAGUUUGAACAUAUCAAUGACCGCGGUCCCACCUCUUACGAUUCAUCCCUCGUGCAGUUCCUGAUAGAUCGAGCCGUGAGGAAUCCCAUUCUUGGCAACUAUUUCCACUGGUAUUUGAUGGUCGAAUGCGAAGACAAAAUUGUUGGGAAAAUGUAUGCCAAGGUGGCAUAUCACUACUUUAAGGCUUUACUCGAGGCGCCCAAUGGUCACGAACGUCGUGAUACACUUCGACAGCAAGGUGAACUAAUUCAAACCUUGUCAAACUUAUCAAAGAAUAUUCGAACGAUGAAAGAUCCUCGCGCGAAAAAGAUCGAUAAACUGAGAGCCAUCAUUGCUGAUCCUGACAACGGCUUGCGUGCCAUUCCGUCUCUGCCCUUGCCCUUGGAUCCUGCUCAUGAAGUGUGCGAUAUUCUUCCCGAGAAAUCAAGUAUAUUUAACAGCAAUAUGCAACCGCUUCGCUUAACAUUUAUGUGCACGGAUGGCAUUGAAUAUCCUAUUAUUUUCAAAACAGGCGAUGAUCUUCGCCAAGACCAACUGGUGAUCCAGAUCAUCACGCUCAUGGAUAAACUGUUACGAAAAGAAAAUCUGGAUCUGCGACUCACACCAUAUCGAGUAUUGGCGACGGGGCCCGAACAAGGCUUAAUGCAGUUCGUGCCUUCGAAAUCGCUGGCUGCUGUUUUAAAUGAUCAUCAAAACAACGUUCUCAGCUUUUUCAGAGAACAUCAUCCUCAGACAGGAGAGAACAGUAUUUUUGGUAUCGAUCCGCAAGUUAUGGAAACAUACAUUCGAAGUUGUGCGGGCUAUUGCGUGAUCACGUACUUGCUGGGCGUGGGCGAUCGCCAUCUUGACAAUCUGUUGCUGUCUACAGAAGGCCAUUUGUUCCAUGUCGACUUUGGAUUCAUCCUUGGUCGCGAUCCAAAGCCGUUUCCACCACCGAUGAAACUGUGCAAGGAGAUGAUUGAAGCCAUGGGAGGAGCUGAUUCGCCGCAGUACGACAAAUUCCGCCAGUAUUGCUAUACAGCAUUUACCACCCUGCGACGGAACGCCAACCUGAUUCUCAAUUUAUUUGCGCUAAUGGUGGAUGCCAAUGUGCCCGAUAUCAAAAUUGAUCCCGAUCGAGCAGUGAUCAAGGUGCAAGAGAAAUUCCGCCUCGAUCUUACCGAAGAAUUGGCCAUCUCGUACUUCCAGGGACUCAUUUCAGAAUCCGUCAAUGCUCUCUUUCCGCAGAUUAUGGAAACAGUACAUAAAUGGGCCCAAUAUUGGCGUCGCUAG